AUGGCUCACAAAUUCGGGGCUCACUUCGAAAACCACCCCAUGGUAGCGCCUAUCUGGGAUCGUCUUCGGGGCAUCGAACAACAGCUCGAUCGGCUUGACCUCGCAGUGAACACUAUUCUGAAGCAUUUGAACAUCUCGCUACCCAGUGAGCCUGGGCUGUUGAAUGGAGAACGGGGCCCCGUUGCCUCCACGUCCCAGACUGAAGGUGCUCCAGAGUCUGACAUCUCUGAAGCGGCGUAUAAAUACGAACCGCUCAGCUACGAUAAAUCAGAAAUUCGGCUGCUCGCUGUCCACAACGCAGACGACGACUCGGAGGACAUCAAGGGCUCUCUGGAGAUCGUGGGUCUUGAGGAAGGCCAGGCUGCGUGGCUGAAGCAGUACAACGCGAUGUCGUACUGCUGGGGGGAACCCGAGAUGGACGGGCGUGUCGUCGUCAACGGGCAUGUCUUUCCGGUCACACGGAAUCUGGAGAACGCAUUGCGCCAGAUGAGAAUGAGGGCGACCAAGGAAGCGGGGAAUACCAGGGUGCCUUCUGCAAAGACAUUCUGGUGGAUUGACCAGAUCUGCAUCAAUCAGCAGGAUAUUGAAGAACGCGGCAACCAAGUCUCAUUGAUGCGCCGCAUCUACAAGGGUGCCAAGUCCGUCCAUGUCUGGCUCGGCGAUGCCGUCGAAGGCUCUGCCCUCGCCAUCGAUGUUGUCGGUAAGAUUGGUCGGCCUCCCACCCGGGGCCCGGGUGAGAAAGAGGUCGAAUAUCCAGCACUCUCAGAGGCGGAAGUGCGCAAGAAUUGGCAGGCUUUACGUUUGUUACUGGAUCAGCCUUGGUGGCAACGAAGUUGGAUCCGUCAAGAAGUAUGCUUAGGCUCCCGCACACAGGUCAGUUGGGGUGAUCACAGUGUUGCCUUCGACGUGGUAUCACAAGCUGUCAUGGCCAUCGAGUACACAGAUAGCCUGGGCCAACAAAUCCCUGGACCGUGUUCUGAAGCCGUCGGACUGCAACAACAAACGGGAAACGCCACGCUUGAUUUCAGCUUCUACCACCAGGCACGGAGCCUUCGUGCCUUGAAGAAAGCCUCUCACUCGGGCCGCUCGUUUCUGCCGCUCCAUGAGCUCCUCCUUCAUUCCCGUCACUGCAAAGCCACGGAUCUGCGAGACAAGGUCUAUUCGAUGCUAGGCCUGGCAGACCCGGAGGUAUACCUGCUCCGGGCAGAUUAUCGACUUUCUCUCCCCGAAGUCUUGAAAUUGGCAGCCCGCACGAUCCUGCCUCAGAAGAAAGGUUUACGGCUCCUGGGUACGUGUCAGAAUCACGAACGGCGCCACGACCUGCCUUCCUGGGUGCCAAAUCUGAUUGACGACUGGAAAUAUCGGCCCUUCGAAGCCGACGACGCCAGACACUACAUCUCAACGGCAGAACCAAGCGUUGAAUUCGACCGGGACACCCUGCUCGUGAAAGGAUUCAUCUUUGACUCUGUAACCACAGUCUGCGAUAACGUCGUUCCGCACAGUGCAACGACGGAGCAGAUUGACGAAGUAUACCGGUCAUGGCAACAGUUUGCCGAGCAGGCACACGAAUCAGGACACAUUGACGUGGGUGGACACCAGUAUGGAGCAAAGUACGGACUCCACGAAAAGAAGGAUAUGUUCUGGGUCAACUUCCUGUCCACGGACCGCAUGGCGAGCAGGUAUCUUCGCUACUCACAGGACGACAACACCACGCUUCUCGCCGAGCGUGAAGAGGGGUUGAAGAUGCAAUACAUCGGCCUGAACCUGAAACUGGCCCAGAGUUACCUGCUUCCUGCGUCGUCUGAGCCGAGCCUGCAUCCACUGCGGCCGAUCCGAGCUGCCUUGAAAAAGUUCGGAGUCGGUCGACGCCUAGGGAUCUGUGCGGGGCAGAAGACCCCCGCGCUGCUGCCCGGAGACGCCGUGCCAGGUGAUGUGGUCGCCGUCUUCAGAGGCGCCACCUUCCCGUAUGUCCUGCGCAAGCUCGCCGGGACCGAAGAGUCGUCGGCGGAUCAGUAUGUGCUGGUUGGCGAGGCGUUUGUGCCCGAGACGGCAUCGAACAAGGCCAUCGCUUUCGCACCCAAAUUGAUGGAUACCAUACGCAUUGUCUGA